AUCAUAUUUUAGAACAUAAACACAUGAAUGCGUUUUUACUAAUUAUUUCAUUUAUUUAUAUUAUGAUACUAAAAAAUUGAUAAUUGUUUAUUACUUACUCCACAUUAUCUACAAUAGAUCAAACAUAUGGUAGAAAUUGAAUAAUAGAAUCUGAUGGCUUCCGCUUCCAUCCCUGAAAUUAAUCUCAAUUCCGGCACCGGAAAAAUCCCCGCCUUGGGGUUCGGCACUGCCUCCGAUCCGCCCGUGGAUUCACAAACCAUCAAAACCGCCGUUUUGCAAGCCAUCGAGCUCGGUUACAGGCAUUUCGACACCGCCGCUCUCUACAACUCAGAGCAGCCACUCGGCGAAGCCAUAGCCGAAGCCGUCAACCGCCGUCUGAUCGGAUCCCGCCGCGACUUGUUCAUCACUUCCAAGCUUUGGUGCAGCGAUGCGCAUCCCCAACACGUCGCCCCAGCCCUCAGCACAACCCUCAAGAAUCUAGAUACGAAUUACAUCGAUUUGUAUUUGAUUCAUUGGCCGGUGAGUGCCAAAGCCGGAAAAGUUGAAUACCCAAUCAAAGCAGAGGAUUUUGCUCCCAUGGAAUUUGGGUCGGUGUGGGCAGCCAUGGAAGAAUGCCAGAGAAUUGGGCUCACCAAAGCAAUCGGAGUCAGCAAUUUUUCUUCUAAGAAGCUUCUAGAAAUCCUGGCCACCGCGAAAAUUCCACCGGCUGUGAAUCAAGUAGAGGUGAAUCCAUGUUGGCAACAAAAGAAAUUGAUAGAAUUCUGCAAAGACAAAGGGAUUCUUGUGGUUGCCUACUCUCCUCUGGGGGCAUUCCGGACAUUUUAUGGCAGCAGUAGAAUAAUGGAAUCUGAAGUGCUAAAGCAAAUAGCCCAAACCAAGGGGAAAACAGUCGCUCAGGUGGCUUUGAGAUGGGCAUAUGAGCAAGGGAUUGGUGUGGUGAUGAAGAGUUUCAAUAGAGAGAGGAUGAAAGGGAAUAUGAGUAUAUUUGAUUGGUGGUUGAGCAGUCAAGAAGUUGAUAUGAUUAGUGAAAUCCCACAGGGAAGAGCAUGUCUUGGAUUGGAUUACACCUCAAUCUAUGGCCCUUACAAGACCAUCCAACAACUAUGGGAUGAAGAUAUUUGAUACCUAGUUUUUUUUUUGUGUCAUAGUCUCUUAUAAACUAUACUAUUAUUUGCUAUCAAAAAUUGUAUAUUAAGUAAUUUUACUUCUUGUAUCGUAAAUUAUUGCAUGUAAAAUCAACUAAUUUUAAAAAAUUAUAUUGAUGCGUGCAAGAUCGAUAA